GGUUCGGCAUUUAGCUAAGAGAAAACGGGAUUUAGAUAUCCUUCAAGCGUCUGGUUGACGUUUUCAUCAAAAUGUCGGUGCAGUCGUUGGUUAGUCGUAAAAAGAAGAGUUUUAUAGGAUUACCAGCUCCACUUGGAUAUGUGCCUGGUCUUGGAAGAGGAGCUACUGGAUUUACAACACGAUCUGAUAUUGGUCCUGCAAGAGAUGCUGAUGAUAUCUCGGAUGAUCGUCACGGACCCCCGGCAAAGAAGUCGAAGGAUGAGGAGGAAGAAGAAGACUUGAACGAUGCUAACUACGAUGAGUUUACAGGUUAUGGGGGAAGUUUAUGUAGCAAAGAUCCAUAUGAUAAAGAUGACGAGGAGGCAGAUGCCGUCUAUGAGGCACUUGAUAAACGAAUGGACGAGAAACGCAAGGAAAGACGCGAGAAGAAAUUGCAAGAACAGAUCGAAAAAUAUCGUCAGGAGCGGCCCAAAAUUCAACAGCAGUUUUCAGAUCUUAAGAGAGAUCUUGCUGGUGUCAGUACAGAUGAAUGGAUGAAUAUACCUGAGGUUGGUGAUGCUAGGAACCGGAAACAGAGAAAUCCAAGGGCAGAAAAGUACACACCAGUGCCAGACAGUGUUUUAUCUAGGGCAGCUGCUAGUGGUACAAGUAAUGUACUCUCUGAAAGAGAGCAGAAAUUUGGUGGUCUGACCACACCUUACGGUGGAGCUCUUACACCAGGGUUGAAUACACCUGGUGGUGUUACGCCAGGAGAUAUUGAUAUGAAAAAGAUCGGACAGGCUAGGAAUACGCUGAUGGACAUUAAACUUACUCAGGUAUCAGAUUCCGUGAGUGGACAAACAGUUGUUGAUCCUAAAGGAUAUCUCACAGAUCUACAGUCUAUGUUACCGUCACAUGGAGGGGACAUCAAUGAUGUUAAAAAGGCGAGACUUUUACUGAAGUCAGUCAGAGAGACAAACCCGAAACAUCCACCGGCUUGGAUAGCGUCUGCUCGUCUGGAAGAAGUCACAGGAAAGAUUCAGGCCGCUCGAAAUCUUAUCAUGAAGGGCUGCGAGGAAUGUCCGAAAUCUGAAGAUGUGUGGUUAGAGGCUGCUAGACUCAUGCCUGGUGAUCAAGCUAAGGCAGUUGUUGCCCAGGCAGUUAGACAACUACCACAGUCAGUGAGAAUCUGGAGUAAGGCUGCCGAGAUAGAGACAGAAUUAAAAGCAAAGAAAAGAGUUUAUAGAAAAGCCUUAGAGAAUAUUCCUAACUCUGUGAAGUUGUGGAAACUUGCAGUUGAAUUAGAAGAUGAAGAAGAUGCCAGGAUAAUGUUAAGUCGUGCAGUAGAAUGUUGUCCAACAAGUGUUGAGUUAUGGUUGGCUUUAGCCCGUCUGGAAAAUUACGGAAACGCAAGGAAAGUAUUAAACAAAGCCCGAGAGAACAUUCCUACAGAUCGUCUUAUUUGGGUCAGUGCCGCGAAACUAGAAGAGGCCAACAAUAAUAUACCUAUGGUGGAGAAAAUUGUAGAAAGGGCGUUGAAUUCAUUACGUGCAAAUAUGGUAGAAAUCAAUAAAGAGCAAUGGUUAAAAGAUGCAGAAGAUUGUGAGAAAGCUGGUAGUAUACAUACUUGUCAAGCUAUUAUACGGUCAGUGAUUGGUAUAGGUGUAGAGGAAGAAGAUAAAAAACACACAUGGAUGGAGGAUGCUGAAGCUUGUGCCUCACACGGAGCUUACGAAUGUGCACGUGCAAUUUAUGCAUAUGCAUUGUCUGUGUUUCCAAGUAAAAAGAGUAUUUGGUUAAGAGCUGCAUAUUUUGAGAAGAAUUUUGGAAGCAGGGAGUCAUUAGAAGCACUGUUACAAAGAGCGGUUGCACAUUGUCCUAAAGCUGAAGUUCUGUGGUUGAUGGGGGCCAAGUCUAAAUGGCUAGCUGGCGAUGUACCUGCAGCAAGAAGUAUCCUGGCUCUUGCUUUCCAGGCCAAUCCGAAUAGUGAAGAAAUCUGGUUAGCUGCUGUGAAGCUUGAGUCUGAGAAUAACGAGUUUGAACGUGCGAGAAGAUUGUUACAGAAGGCACGAGCUAGUGCUCCCACAGCUAGGGUGUUCAUGAAGUCAGUAAAGUUAGAGUGGUGUCUUGGAGAAAUAGCAAAUGCCAGAAAACUUCUCGAGGAUGCUACAAAACAUUAUCCAGAUUUUCCAAAGUUAUGGAUGAUGAGAGGACAGAUAGAGGAACAGGGAGGACAUCUUACAGAGGCCAGGGAGGCUUAUAAUCUAGGGCUUAAGAAAUGCCCUCAUGCUAUACCAUUAUGGCUAUUGUUAUCAAGAUUAGAAGAGAAGACUGGGCAGCUUAUUAAGGCUCGAUCCAUCCUAGAGAAAGCGAGACUGAAAAAUCCAGGUACUGCAGAUCUUUGGUUGGAAGCUAUUCGGCUAGAAAAUAGAGGUGGAAUGAAAAACAUUGCCCAGACUUUGAUGGCCAAAGCAUUACAAGAGUGUCAGUCAUCUGGUAUUUUAUGGGCAGAAGCAAUUUUUAUGGAGCCUCGACCACAAAGAAAAACUAAAUCUGUUGAUGGUCUAAGACGAUGUGAGCAUGAUCCACAUGUGCUGCUGGCAGCCUCGAAGAUGUUUUGGUCUGAAAGAAAGAUAGCGAAGGCACGAGAAUGGUUUAACAGAACAGUUAAGAUAGAUCCAGAUCUUGGUGAUGCGUGGGCCAACUUUUACAAGUUUGAGAUGAUGCAUGGUGAUGAGGAUUCACAGAAACAGGUUCACAAACGUUGUACAGCAGCUGAACCUAGACACGGUGAACAAUGGUGUCAUGUUUCUAAAGACAUUAAUAACUGGAGGCUUAAAACUGAUGAGUUACUGCCACUUGUAGCUGAGUAUAUCCCCCUACCAACUUGAAAGAGUGUUUUACAGAAACAAAAUAAAA